GACCUGCUGAAGAAGUAUUACUCGGGCAUGCCUGUCUCCCCAGUGCCUCUCAAGGUGGUUCUGGCCCUGGAGCAGUUGAGCAAGCUGAAGCCCUCUUUCGAAAGCAAAAACAUGCGUGAGAUGUUGGUCCUGUGCUGCAAGAACAUCGUGACACACCCUUCAGCAGAGAUGAUGCUGAAGAUCAGGAAGUCACAGCAAGCAGCACAGUACCUGCAGCUUCAGCAAACAUCACUGAAAGCUCUGGGCCGGCUCAUGGUGGUCCUGCUGGAGACAGAGCCCAGCGGUGGCUUCUUCCAAAACAUAGUCCAUGUCCUGCAGAAAUCCAUGGUAUCGAGCAAUGUGUGGGAGCGCAAGAGGGCCCUGCAGACCUGCUCCCAGCU